AUGAAAAAAGUUACUGAACAAUUCCCGAAACAGAAAACAAAUAUUCGAAAAAAUUCUAUGAUAAUGCCAAAAGUCCAAUUAAAAACGAACACAAACUUAUUAAAAAAUGAAAAUAUUCCAAAUAAAUGUGUUUCAGAUAUGGAUGAAGCUAUAUUGCGAUGGGAUAAACUGAAGUCAAAAAUUAAGGUGCCCGGUGACGGCCAGGAAGUCAUCAACGCCGAGAGUAAAAUUAAUAAUCACAACAACGCUAUGAAGUCAGAUUUAAAUAAUAAAGGCGUUAAAAAUGUUAAUUUAUCGAAUACUAACGUCUUUGAGCCAUUUAGAACCGAAAUGGAAAAUAUGUACAAUUAUGUGGAACAGUUAAAUGAAAAAUUAAAAACAGUUACGGCAAAGUUAACAAAUGAGAAAAGUAAUAUUGUGUUAAUCAAUUCGGUUACAGCGGCUUUGGCUUUGGAUAACUUAACCCAUCAGAAUCUCCAAUUAGAACAGAAGAUACUAGAAGGAUUUUCCUACAAAGAAAAGCUAGAUUCAACAUCUAUGGAAUUAGCAAAUGUUAUCAUUGAAAAAACUGAUCUUCAAAGACGUUUGAAAGAUUCGGAGGCUGCGUUAGUUAGUGCAAGUGAAAAGAUUCACGCCCUAUCAGAAAAAUCUGAUGAUAGCAAAUAUGCAGAACAAAUUAAAGAAAUAGAAGAUGAGCGAUUAGAAUGGAAUGUAUAUCAAAUACAACUGGAAAAUCAAAUCGCGGAAGAUCAUAAAGCUUUAAGUCGCAAAGAACAGUACAUCAAACACCAAGAUUACAUAAUCGAAAAUUUGACGCAAGAUAAACUGAAUCUUGAAAUACAGUUGAACAAGCCUUUGUUAGAAUUACAAUCGCAUCAAUCCGAAGAAAUAGAAAAUUAUCAAAACGAAAUCAAACGACUUUCUACAAUCAUAACAGACACGAAGAAGACGUUAGUAGCUAACAAAGAAUCGCAUAUGACAGAAAUGUCGGAAAUGAGAGAUCGCAUUAGAGAACUGGAGAAGUUAGUAGAUACAAAAACCGAUUUAAUUCACCAGCAAAACAUGACAAUAAACUUGAUGAGAGAAAUAACUCCGGCAACUAACGAUAAUUCAAUAAUGAAACACAGAUGCCAUGUAAAUUCAAAUUUAGUAAAACCAAAAGCUAUUCCAACGAUCCAAGUGGCUGACCAAAUGGCCGAACACCUUACUACAGUUAUUGUGGAAGCCGCACGAGCGUGCUCUAAGCCCACGCAACAUAACACAGUAAACAUUGGUGUUUUAUUACAACACAUUCUUUCUUAA